AUGGCUAACACCACAGUGGGCAUCAUCGGCAUGGGCGACAUGGGCCGAAUAGUUAAUGCUUGUGAUCGACCAGACAAAUUUCAAGCACUCCAGAAGGAGUACGCGAAUGAGAACAAAAUAAACAUAUUACCAAAUGGUCACCUUGUUUCCCGAGACAGUGAUUGGAUCAUCUACAGUGUCGAGGCAGAGGUCAUUGGCAAAAUUGUGGCUGAAUAUGGCCCUUCAACCAAAGUCGGCGCUAUAGUUGGCGGCCAAACCUCGUGCAAAGCUCCAGAACUCGCCGCCUUCGACAAAUACCUCCCUAGUGAUGUUGAAAUUGUAUCUUGUCAUUCUUUACAUGGCCCAGCAGUAGAUCCCACGGGACAACCACUUGUCGUCAUUCAGCACCGAGCUUCACAAAAGAGCGUCGACCUCUGCGUGGAGAUCCUUUCAUGUCUCAAAUCAAAGUUUGUCUUCCUUUCAGGAGAAAAGCAUGAUAGAAUUACAGCAGAUACCCAGGCUGUCACACACGCUGCCUUCCUGAGCAUGGGUACAGCAUGGGCUGCGAACAAGCAGUUUCCAUGGGAAAUCAAUCGAUACGUCGGAGGUAUCGAGAACGUCAAGAUCAACAUCACUCUGCGUAUCUAUGCCAAUAAGUGGCAUGUCUAUGCUGGGCUUGCCAUCCUCAACCCCGCAGCAAAAGAGCAAAUUCGUCAAUACGCGCAAUCCGUGACCGAGCUGUUUAAAUUGAUGCUAGGUGGUCACCGAGAGGAAUUGGCGCACAGAGUCAAAACUGCAGGAGCCGCGGUUUUCACCUCGCACGCAGCAGAUCAGACCCUCCUGCUCGCCGACGAUGUCCUGGAUCGAUUCUCGUUGGCAGAAACACCCAAGCAGCGGAAACCCAACAAUCAUCUAAGCUUGUUAGCGAUUGUGGAUUGCUGGUGGAAGCUUGGUAUCGUUCCCUAUGACCACAUGAUAUGUUCCACUCCACUCUUUCGUAUCUGGCUCGGUGUCACAGAAUAUCUGUUUCGUAAUGAGAAACUGCUUGAUGAAGUUAUCAAUACAGGGAUAGAUGAUGAUACUUUUCGCUCUGAUGAUCUAGAGUUCACCUUUGCUGCUCGGGCAUGGUCCGAGUGUGUCUCUUUUGGUGCUUUCGAUGCAUAUCGCGAGCGCUUCACCAACAUUCAACAGUACUUUGCACCAAGAUUUCCGGACGCUGUGCGGCUCGGUAAUGAGAUGAUCAAAGAGAUCAUGAUGCACACAAAGACUUGA